AUGUCGAUCCGGCCGCUGCAGGCCCAAGAGCUUGCAGAGGCCGUGGCCAUCAAUCUAAAUCAGGGACAACCGGUGGCAAUGGACGAGGCAAUCACGCUGGAUAUUGAGAGAGACAUCCACAGAAACCUUGCCGGCCUUCUCAGUGUCGAGAAUGGCUACGUCCGCAUAGCCAGCCCCACGGCCAGGGCGGCACUCGGCGCCUCCGGCACCAGCGGUCUGAAACUUUUGGGAGAUGAUGAGCUGGUCCUCCGAUGCCUGCGUUACCUCUCCACGGCGCUCGGCCAGCAACCUGCCCGACGCGCUGCCGGGACUGCCUUCGUCGACUACGCUGUCCGCUCCUGGCCGGCUCACUUUUUGAGGAUUGUCAAGCCCGGAGAAUACCUCUGCACAGAGGUAGCUAAAUUUCUGGGAAGCUCGCCCGCGGCCAACCGGUGGUUUCGGCUGUACACAGCAAGUAACGACGACUCGCAGCCCCUGAGCUACCUGCAAGACCAUGCGUGCCAAUCCACCCGCGACGAUACCGAAGACGUGCUUGGCCUGAAACCAGCUGAGAUGGCUGGCCACGCUGGCCUUUGGCCCAUGGUGUCGUUUCUGCUGGUCGAGGACGAUGGCAGCGCUCAUGAUGGCAGCAGCCUCCCAAAGAUGCAAGUAAGGCGCGGCGGCUUGGAGCGCCAGAUAGUUUUCUUCGACGAAAAUCGCUCCAAGCUCUAUCUCGAAUGCGCCAUUGCUUCCGACGACGUGCAGGCCGUGAGAGAUAUGGUUGAUGGACUGGACGAGAAGACCAUCGACUCUUACUGCCCUCUGCACCUGGCCGCCUUCAUGGGAAGCCCGGACAUGGUCCUGAUGCUCCUUGAAAGGGAGACCGUUCGGCAAUCGAGCAGGAAUACCGAUAAAAGGGGUCGAACCGCUCUCCACGUGGCCGCUCUUGGCGGGCGACGCGAAAUACUCGAGCUUCUGCAGGGGCCGCUAGUGGAGGGUAACAUAGACAUCUACAACCAUAGAGACAAGAACUGGGACACACCCCUGCUCCUGGCGACGCAAGCCGGCAACGUAGCUGCGGCCAAGCUCUUGAUUGACCUUUCCGAGAGGCAAGGGGUCUGGAUUGACGAUAUGAGAGGAAGGUACCCUGCCCACUACGCGAUCGAAAGCUGCCCGCAGCUCCUCGAGGACCUUCUUGCCGGCAGCACAGUUACUAAGCUCAUCAAGGGAGACCAAGAUGGGCUAACGCUAUUGCACCUCGCCGCGCGCUCCGGUAGCAUCGACGCGGUCAAGACCAUUCUAGAGGCUGCGCUGGCGCUGGUCGAGGGCUCCGCGGAGAUGGACCCGGGCCUCAGCUCGACCUAUCGACGGCAAACUGAGCGGCUCUUCGUGAUGCUGUCAGAAAUCGGAGGACUGCUCCAACGUGCAGCUGAGAAGUCACCGAGAUCGACGCGGGAAUCGGCUUUCGCGAGCACCAGUGGCGACGAGCCUGGUCGAUUCACCUUGCCGCGGACUCUGCGGGAAUGGGGUGGACAUUCUACCUUGCUUCUUUACCCUAUAAUGCGUGAACUGCCGACACUAGAGUGCGAAACGGCCAAGAAUCGUGAGAAAGUGCUAUUAAACCUCCCGUCGACGUUCAACGAAUUAUUGGAUCACGAACCCGAGCCUUCACGGAGUAAAUUGCGGACGCUCUAUUCUAUCGUACCCCGGUCUAUGAUCGACGAUGUCCUCACCAAGCUGGUAAAUAUCUUUUCUAGAAUCAAUCCUUCAACGUUCGGGAGGGUGAUGCUAGUCACGGACCACGAAGGCAGACUCCCAGUACACCACGCAGCCGAGAAUGGCCAACGCGAGGUUCUAGAGCUACUAAUCCGGGAGAUGAACGGGUUCUUGGAGGGCUGGGGUGACUUGAUGAGAAAAUAUAGAGACUCGAGUGGCAACGCCCCCGGAGACCUUGCUGCUGGGCGAGGUCACAUCGACGUCCUCGAUGCGUUGUAUCCCGGCGAAACUCCAAUCGACUGCUCCCUCCUGGCAGCGGCAGCUGGCGCCGGACAGCUCCUGGUCGUCGAGUACCUCCUACAACGCGGCAUGCACCCAGACGGUGAACCCGCAUCCGGCCGCACGCCGCUGGGCCUGGCCUCGGCCAGGGGGUUUAUUCAGGUCGUCCACUCGUUACUUCGGUGUGGAGCUGACGUCAAUCUCACCAGCCAAGGCCGAAAGACUCCCCUUUACCUAGCCGUACAGCACAAGAGGCACGAGGUAGUGGAGAUUCUGCUCGUCCCGGGGGACGGCGCCGGGGGAGGGGCGCCUACGUCGGACAUCGUGGUGGACACCCCCGACUCGUCUCGACAGACGCCGCUCCAUGUGGCCGCAUCGGCUGGGGAUAAGAGUCUCAUAGAGCUACUACUACAUCGGGGAGCAAACGUCGAGUCGCGCUCGGCUCAGCGUCAGACACCACUACACCUCGCCGUCCGAGCUGGGAUGCGGCAAGCAGCACACCUCUUGGUCUUCAAACACGGCGCGAGCCUCACAACACUCGACCAGGACGACAAACACCCCGUGGGGUACGCCGUCGACCGUCGGGAUGCUCCAAUGGUGCGAGCUCUGCUUCUCUCCACCCCCAACGGCAUAGAAAGUGGCGAUAUUAGCUCCCGCUACCCCUUGGAGUUUCAACGCCGCGAUCUUAUAACGGCAGUCGAGAGGUCGGCUUUAGAAGUCGUCGAUUUCCUGUUGACAAGAUACCCCCUGGCCGCGCAACCCCUGGAUAUCACCCAAGGACCCUCAGACUCUUUGCUGCACAUCGCGGCUCGAGGCUCUAACGCAGAUAUGGUUAACCAGCUCCUGAGCUUUGAACUGAGUGCCAACUUGGCUGGAAGCGACGGCAGGACACCUCUGCACGUUGCGGCUGCCUCCGGAAACGUGGACGCGGUCAAGGCUCUCCUGGAAGCGGAGGCGGACCUCUCGAGGACUGACAAAGAGGGAAAGACACCGCUUCUACUCGCAUGCGUUGGUGAGAAGGACGCUCCCGAGACCUGCGAGGCCCUCCUCGACGGUGGGGCUGCGGUCAACGAUGAGGGGCAAUUCGGGAGAACGCCUCUGUUCCAAGCGUCGUAUCAUGGCCGAGGCGAUGUCGUCCGGGUCCUGCUAGAUCAACGUUGCGGUGCGGACGUAAACUGGCGGGACGGAGACUCGUGGUCGAGUUUGCACGCGGCGGCGGAUAACUCUGACGUCUGCCAAAAGUUGGUUACGGCAGGAGCAGACAUCAAUUACCAAAAGGCGGACGGUUGGAACCCCCUUCAUAUGGCUUGCUCUUGGGAUCGUCCAGAAGUCGUAAGGUGUCUCCUGGAGAACGGAGCGAAGGCGAACCUCCUGAGCCACAGCGGCAAAGCACCGCUGCACUUAGCUGUCCUGAAUGAUGCGCAAAGCACUGUGGACGUCAUGCUGGACCACGGGCGCGCCAGCCCUGACGGCGAUAAUGCGACACAGCGGCCUGAUGACGGUAGCGUAGUAGAUGUUCGGGCCAGGACCGCCGACGGUUUAUCCUGCUUAGACCUCGCUACCAGCGCCCGCAUGCUCGAGACCCUUUUGAAAGCAGCUGACUGGGACUACCAAGAUCUCGCGCGUUCAUAUUGGAAACUCAUCGAGCAAGACAGAAUGGACUGCCUGAAACCGCUGAUCGAAAAGGAAGGCCGUCUCUUGGACGCCAGUCGGCUCAAUGGGGAUGACGGAUCUCCUCAUAUUACCCUCGACGAAGGGCACAUAGUUUUACGACUAUUCCAUCUUGCCAUCGACUGCGAUGACGAGGACCUGUGGGGUACUCUUGUGAAGCUUGAUGCAAGGAGCAAAGUCCCAAGCGAUACUCAUGACGAGGAUGGGUGGACUUUGGACGACUACAUCCACCAAGCGCAACCCCGAACAGACUACAUUCAGGAGUCGGACAGAGUCCCAGUUCGAGGUAUCACACAGCACCCGGGAGCCGUUAUUUUUCCACAGGUCUGGGCUGAGGACAGCAGCUACGGAUCCCCAACAGAGCGGAUGGACAUCGAGGAAAACGGGUUGGUGGUUGAAUUUGAGAAGAAUGUCCAAGCCGUCUGUCUCCGGUCAGACCACCCUUUCCCGCCUCGAGAGACGGGUGGCUCGCCGUCCCCGUAUUUCGAACUUGCUAUCCAGGCCGGCGGAACCGACGAUGACGCCAUCGUCACUAUCGGCUUCUGCAGUGAAUUCUCCAACAUGACGGCUGCCAACACGGGUUGGAGAAAAUUGUCCGUUGGUUAUCACAGCGACGACGGUGGACUCUUUGAACAGUCAGGAUCGAAAAAGGGGCGGUAUAAAGCCUAUAGACCCGGGAGCACGGUCGGCUGUGGGAUCGACUACGCCAAAGGGAAAUAUUUCUUUACGCUGGACGGCGAUAUCAUCAUCGAGAAAAAGUCCAGUCUCAUCUAUCGUAAAAUAUAUCCCUGCCUCAGCCACAGGGACGGCAAAGCUAGAGUGCGUAUUAACUUUGGGUCCGAAGAGUUCAAGUGGACUGCGGCGGCUUCGGAUGAGGAAACGGUCGAGGUAGACACGCCGCAGGCUGUGGUCACUUGA